AACGUGCCCUGCCGUUGGCGGCGCGCGCCCGGUGGGAGGUCGGCGCUGGAUUUUGAAGGCGGCGGGCGGCGAUGGUGAAGCGCGCGGUGCCCCGUGAGAGUCUGCGUGCCGUCUUUCGGCGGCACAAGCCGCAGCUCCGGCUCAGCAAGGAUGUCCACGUGAUGGUCCAUUUAAACUGUCUCUUGUUCCUACAACGUUUGGCGCAAGAGGCAAGGAUUAAAGCUGUUGAAGCAAAAUGUUCUGCCAUUCAACCAAACCAUAUCCAAGAUGUGGCAAAGACUGUUUUGAAGAAGAGUAGAGGCUGAAAGGAAACUGCACACAUUAUAUUUUUUGUAUUUAAUGAAUAUGAUAAAAUCAAUGCUAUCUGAAAGUACUGAACUGCAUGUAGUCUAGAAAAUAUACUACAUUUUGAAGAGACAAAAGAUCCUUGCUAAAAUCGUGCUACAUGUGGUAUUUUGUUUCAGUAUGAUAUUUCAUUGGUACAUUUAUAGUACUUUACUAUGAUGGGCGGUGGGGGGGG